UUAAAGCUUCAUAUUUGUCUCGAUUUCUCAGUUCUGGUAUUCAAUUGAGCAAUGGAUAAGAAGAGAGCUUCUUUAGGUUUGAAUCUCAGUUCAAAGAAGAGAACAACACCAGAAAAUAAGGUUUUUUCUGGAUUUCACUCUCCAGUCAGCAACAAGAGUACRAGUCUUUAUAAGAAUGUGUUGAAAGACAGUGUUGGAAAACAAGCCAGCAGYCACUCCAAAGUAAGGUUUUCCCUAGGUGAUAGCAUCAAGGAGAGCCCAAGGGAACAAAAAAGGAACGAAGAGUUUGAUUUUCAUUGUUCGUUUGAAAGCGACGAGGAAAACAGUCMAAAUAUUUCGUUUUCUUGCACACAGCCAGUCAGCCAAGAUGCCAUACUACAAGGUGUUAUUGCUUAUAUUGAGGCCAGAUCAAAUACUGAAAACAGAUUUGAAGGAAUCUCAAAGCAGAUGGAACUUCUUGGUGCUGUUGUUGUCAAAAAGUUUAUUCCAGAAGUAACUCAUGUGAUCUUUAAAGACGGCAAGAAAUCAACUCGAGAGAAGGCCUUGAAGAAGGGAAUUCAUCUGGUCAACGUGCUGUGGGUUGAAAGCUGUCGAGAAUCUGGUAAAAGAGUCCCCGAAGACCUCUUCCCUGUUGUUGACGAAGUCCACACRCCACUCGUAACAGGGAAACUUAAAAGAACCAAGUCAAUGCAGCCAAGAGCGUUUGAAGAUGAUGUCAGGAACAGUGCUGAGCGAAUCAAUCGUAAAAGACAACGAAAGAUCGCAUCAGAAAGAACGCCGACAUCAAUUUUAUCGCCUUUGACUCUAAGAUUAUUGAGUGAAGASUCACCUGCACCUGCUAGUCCUCUUGUCAGCUCAUCCAUGAAGCAUGUUCCAGAUACAGCAGUAUAUUCUGAGCCAAACAGCCCUGAUCAUAAGGAUAGAGCUUCUGGACCAGGAAAGAAGCGAAAACGAUUACUGUCUAGUAAAGACAGCACCCCAAAGGAACCUGAUGAAAAACCUCAUCAAAACAAGAAAAGCAAACCAGCCAAAACCCCACACGAGAAUACAGACGUUUUUACAUUUGAUGAGGAAGAAGUUCCCGAUGUUAAAACGAGUAAACUCAAAAGGACUCGUAAACCAAGAUCAAAGUCUACAAGUGGYGUAGAGACUAUGAUUGAGGAGGAGUCUUCGUGUGCUGCACGUGAGGAUGAACUAGAAAAUAACUUGCSAGCAAACAGCCUUGCGAAGAAGACCAAAGGAAAAAGAAUCUCGAGCUCAAAGCAAGAAGACGCACAACUCAAAAGCACUUCGGGAAAAGGUUCAGGAUCGCGGGACGUAGAACGGGAUCUGGAUAAUUUAGUUUGUGCUACGGGCUUGUCUGAUUCGGGGGUUUCGUUCAGUGAGGUGGAAAUGCAGGAGAAGAAGACCAAAGUAUUAAAGAAAAACAAGAGAACAUCCGAGAAGACAGAAAAAAYAGUCGGUGAAGUCGUGAGUACAGAAGAUGAGAACGAACUUGAGGACGUUGGUAAGAAAACUGAACCACUKAAAUCGAAAAAAAAGACCGAAUCUAUAGCUAAGAAAACGAGUGACACUAAACGAGGCAAACAAUCUGUAUCUAAAAAGAAAAAUGAAAAGAAGACAAUGGAGCUAACGAGGGAUGAAGACAAGAAAUUACCUGGUGAUAUAUGCAACACAGCAGAAGAUGACGACGGGAAGAAAAACGAUGCGAAGAAAAUGAAAGCUAAACUAGACAAGAAUGACUCGCGGAGGAAGAAGAUGUAUCGUAAAAAUAUAUCAAAAGUUAGUGAUGAUGAAGAUGAUGUCAUUGAUGAUGAUGRUGGUGGUAAUGACGAUGACUAUACUGGCAACGGCAAAGGAAAGUGUAACUUUAGCAGAAAGAAGCCUGUUCGUAAAACCAUUCCUAACACUGAUGAUGAAGAUGAUGUCAUUGAUAAUAAUGAUGAUGGUGAUGACGAUGAUGAUGACAAUGGAAAAAGAAAGAAUAUCUUAAGGAGAAAGAGGUCUGUUCGUAAAACUAUUCUGGACACUGAUGAUGAAGAUGAAAAUGAUAUUGUUGAUAACAAUCAUGAAGAUGGUGAUUAUGAUGAUGAUGACGACUGUAGAAAAAAGGACAUCUCACGGAAAACUAAACCUGUUCUUAAAAAGAUCUUUGAUGACACUGAUGAUGAUGAUGAUGAUGAUGAUGGCAAUGAUGACCGCAGUACUGAGGAUGAUGGCGAUAAAAGUGAUAUCCACGAUGGUGAUUAUAGCGAAGAAGACGUGUCACAUAAAUCGAACGAGAAGCAAAAUAACGGAAAGCAGAAAACGAAAGAAAAAAAAGUAGUCAGAAAAAAGCCCCCACGGUCCUUGGUCCUUACCAGCAUGCACUUCAGUGAACAAGACAUAGUAAUCUCAGUGGUCCGUAAGCUGGGUGGCUUCUACAUCGCGGAUACGGUCGGUCCCAGUACUACGCAUGUAAUCAGCGGUAGCCCUAGACGAACAUUGAACGUUCUAAUGGCCAUCGCACAAGGCAACUGGCURGUGUCACCUGAAUGGGUUAUGAAGUCUCUGGAGACAGGUUACUGGGUGGACGAAGAACCGUACGAGCUAGCUGAUGCCUUUCCUUCCGCUCAGUUAAGUCGACUAGAGCGAGUGAGCUCCGGACCUGAUUAUCACCAAGAACUCUUCGCUGAAGUUGAUCCUAUUUUUGUGUCUGAUAAUACGUCACCACCACGUGAAACACUCAUUCAGCUUAUCACCCUUUGUGGCGGCAAGAUCUGUACAUCAAUCAGAAAAGCUGGCGUUGUUGUUGGAACCAUCAGUAGAAAAACCAAGACAAUCAAUGUUUCGGAGCGAUGGGUAUUAGAUUCAAUUACAGAGCACACAGCGUUGUCCUUCGAUCCUUACGUAUUUAACCCAACCAAGUCUAACAGCCCGACCUUUUAAAGUUUAAUCUAAAUAACAUAAAUAGAUGAAUAGUUCAAUGGGAGCUAUUUCUGGACUAGCUGAAGUAGUUAUAAAGAUACAGAAAUCUAAUUCUUGCAAUAAAUUUUUAUCUAAUUAUCAUGAUUCCCAAAUGGCUUCCCUACUCGAACGUGAUUGGAUGGUUCGUAUUUUUAUGCUUUAUGAUUGGAUCAGAGCAAUGGAAGCCAUURAAGAGUUAUGCUUUGUCUUGUAUCCUGUCAAUGAAUAUGAUUAAGCUGGAUUAAAUUAAUUGCAGUGAGUUUUAGCGAAGAUUCUCUCAAAAUCGACGAUUCUGGGGCUUAUUAUGARUUAGAUAGUAUUUUAAAUGUAAGAUAUAAAAAGUUUAUAACAUCAUUAAAUUGAUUACAUAGCUUGCAAAAUGUAAUUUUUAGCUCCUCAUCUUUCAAAUUGUGGUCGUCAGUUGUAGA